CCUUUGAGACUAAGCCCAGAGUAGAACCUAGUUUGCCUCAACCGGCCACUUUUUCAGCUUUCUAGCACAGGUUUUAUCAAUAGCUGUGUGUGAAAGUGUUUGCUAGUGUUUAAACUCUAACAAGCGAGUGCUUGGCAGGGCCAGAUUUAGAGCAACAUGAUGAAACAAACCUGAAAUCCAUAAAAUUCAAAAGAAUACUUGCAGACAAAACUACUGCCUGUGGGACCCAUAUGGGGCUUAUGGACAACAGAAAGAGGCAAACCAGUUCUUCCAGUUCAGGGAGUCUGGUCUUCUGGUCCUCCUCAUUUUCACGUCAACCAGCGAGGGUGCUGAUUGUGGAGGCAUUGCCCCCCUGUUGGUCAAACACUUGUACCGGGCUUUGUGAUGCCCUGGAUAACUUCCUGUCACUAGCCUGUAGUCUGGAUGGACCCUGCAGGAUACCCCUACUCAGCCUGUACGCUGUCAGCAGGCAGCAGGAGUGUCUACUGCCGUUUGUGCAGGUGCGCGGCAAUUUAGCCAGGCUGCAUUCCUCCGUCGAGGAGCUGAGGUCUAUUCCAGGUGAAGGCUGCAUCAAAAGCGCAGCUAAAGGAGGUGAUCUGCUGCGACAGGCGGUGCUGGACAGUCUGCAGCAGUUUAAACAGUAUAUCAGACACACCAGCACUGGCAACCAGGCCCGCAGCAACGUCUCUGUGGAGGUUACUGUGGUGACCAGCCAGCCGGGGCGCAGCGUUGUUCUUCAGUUGGAAAGCGGGCUCAAAGAGGCUGACCUGGUGUCACUGAGGAGGCUUCUGGUUGUUCAGAUCGUUGGAACGGGUGACUGGGGCCAGGACCCACACUCACCGGAAGCCACAAUGACUGAAGACUCACUGAUGUUAGGGACAGAGGUGGACCUGCAGCAGGUGGAGAACAGCGUGUUCGCCAUGGAGACCGUGUUAAAGGAGUGGCUUCAGGAGCAGGGAGGUGACAGAGAGCAUCUCCACCUACUGCUGCCCAGCCCCUCUGAUAACCCAGUUCCAGUUUGUGUAAAGUGUGACAUGCUGGAGCGUCUGAUAAGCCCCGCCCUCAUCCCGUUGACCCCCAGCCUGGGAGUGAAGACAGAGGGCAUUCGAGACUUCCUGCCAGCGGUCAAGGGCCCCAGCAAUCAAAGCCCGACUCAACAGCGGCUGAAAGCAAUCAAGGUGCUGCAUGCAGACGGAGUGUGUGAGAGCGUGCUGUAUGGGCUGCCGCUGGUGAUCCGGCCCACCACCUGCUGGCAGCUGGACUGGGAUGAGAUGGAGGCCAACAACAACCUGUUUCAUGCUCUCUGCCAGACGCUGUGGAGUAAAGACUUGCUCCUGUUGCUGAAGGUGGAACCUGACAAGAGGUCCACAGCUGGAGGCUUAGGUGUGUAUUCCCACUAUGUCCUCCAGCCAUCUCCAUCUCUCUCCUUCCUCCUGAAGCCUGUCGCCUCCAGAGAGCUGCUGCUGCCCUGCUCACCUCCCGUCUCAAACCAGGACCCCUCACCUAAUGCCAUGCAGACCAUUCAGAGUUGCCUCUCUCAACUGGAUGAGGACUUUCUGUUGAAUCCUCUCUUACUGAGCAGUAACCUCUACCAGCACCUCAGGAGCAGAGGGCUUCUCUCACAGCCACGAUACCCGUACAGGUUACAGUCGACAGCCGCCCACAGAGAGCAGCCUCAGACAGCAGAAAGCAGCAGAAACGCAGUCGGCCGGCAGCACCGGCAGCCUCAAAACCGCCAGCUUGGAUCCAACACCAAGGUCAAGGCCACCGUGGCUCCGCUGCCCUCCGCCCCCUCUUCCUCCUCCUCCUCCCUGGGACCCCCUCCCGCAAAGACCUCCCGCCCUGCUCUGAACUUCCUCAGCAGCAGCCGCCGGGCCCCGGCCAUUCCUCUGCAAGAAGGAGACAAUGAUGACAGUGACUGUAUAAUUUUACAGUAAGACCAAUGUACGCUGAGUGGAAGAAAUGAGUCAGAGAGAGAUGAAUGCUCCACUAUAGAGGGGUUUCUCUGCGUUAGCAGUGAAGCUUAGUCAGCACAAAUAUACACGCUCAUUUGGCUAAUUGGUCUCAGGGUAAAACCUGUGAGCAGCCACGAGGCUCAUAAAGCAUUUAAAAACCUUGUUAAAAAAGAAGAAAGAUAAAAUGCUGUUCAUAGCCUUUACAUUAUUUCUCAUUUCGUCAUGUUGCAACCACAAACUUCAAUGUGUCUUAUUGGGAUUUAAUGUUACAGAACCACACACAGUAGAGCGUAAUUGUGAAGUGGGAAAAAAAAUGAUACGUGGUUGUCAAUUUAUUAUAUGCAUAUAUCUAAACCAUACCAUUGUAGCUCUGACUGUAUGUUAAGGGUUGUUUUGUCCUGCUGGAAGGUGAACCUCCACCUGUCUCAAGUCUUCUUGAGCCUCUAACAGGUUGUCUUCCAGGAUUCUCCGAUAUUUACGUCCAUCCAACUUACCAUCAAUCUUAUCAGCUUCUAUCUCUGCUGAAAAAAAGUAUGCGCCCAGCAUGAUGCCGCCACCAACAUGUUUCACAAUGGGGAUGGUGUGUUCAGGGUGCAUUGUUUUUCUUGAUCGUUGUCAUUCCUUUAGGAGAAUUUAUACUGAGAUUAAAUUAUGCUUAACUGGACUCUAGUUACUAACUAGAUGACAGUUGAUUGCAGUGGAUUUUAUUUGCAGGUAUGAGCGAAAAAAGGGACUGAAUAUAAAUGCACGCCAAGCCAUGUAUCAUUUUCAUUUUACUUCACAAUUAUAGACUACUUUGUGUUAGUCAAUCCCAUGAAAACAAAACAAACAAAAAAAUACAAUGAGGUUUGUAACGUCACAAAAAAAUUAAUUAAUGGGGUGUUAAAACUUUUGUAAGGCUCUGCAGAACACAAAACACUCUUUAAGUCUACAUUAACUCUCUUCAGAAAAGCAUCCUUUGUAAGAACUGAGUUUAACAUCUAAGAGAGUGAAAUGGUGCCUCAGUGCCACGUGCAGACUGCUGAGGCAGCACACUUCAAAGCUGCGCCCCAUAAACAGUGAAAACAUGAAAUGACGGAAAGCAGCAGGAUGAUGAAGGCUUCCUACAGAAAUGAGAAGAAAAAGUACAAAAAGGUUGCUAAUGUAGGAGAUCAGAGGCAGAUUAAAGCUUCUGGGUGUUCAUAAAAUCAUUUCCUGAUCUUAAUUUAAGACCCCCACCCCCCCCCCCACCCCACAAGAGAUGAGAGUAAACACACCAUGUACAGUAAGUACAGUAAUGUGUGCAUAAAACCCCAUAGACAAAAACACACACGAGUGCGCGCCUCUUUUUCAUUUGUCCCCUCAACCCAAGUUUGAACACAGCUGCUCUGUUAUAAGGAAACAGAAAGAGGGGCCUCUCUGGGGGCCCUCACCCCAACAGAUAGCUCCCACUCCAGGGGGGCCUGAAAGGCUGGCAGAAGAACAUGGAAAGUGAUCAAAUCUGCAGCGUGAAAAAAUGUGUGGUGUUUUCAUAGGUCUAGAGGUUACUUUAAGUUCAGCAAGUAGUUUUGGUUUUUUUUCUUCAUAUUAGGAUUUCAUUUGCACACAUGUAGACAAUGAUUCAUGUUCUUACGCAGCAUCUGGUCAGUUAAAUGUGUCUGCUGUCACUUGUUUUAAUUUAUUCCUCUUUGAGGAGCUACAUUAUCCUCACACAAACGCUUACACAGACUUAAUCAGGAUCCCGCCAUUCCACCCCCUUGCUGAACCUUAUAGCACCAACGAAUGACUUAUAUGACUUUGCAGCUCUUCUGCAUUCACAAAUUCAAACCACAAUGAACCCUUUGUCUCCAUUAAGUAUAUGUUGGGACUUUAGAGACUUCUCCCUGACAUUUUACCCACAUUCUCUUAUCCAGUGUCCUUUUGCUUUACUUACAUGGCCGGAGUUUCUUUUUUAAUUACCUAAAAAACAGAGAAGUUGAGUCAGCGUGUGCAGAUUUCUUAAAUUUCUUCAGACAGAACAACAGCAGCCUCUCUGUCCCCAGAGAAGGUCAAAAGGUUGGAGUUAGAGGUUCUUCUGUUUGACGUUAACACUGCCCGACACACUUCACAUUAAAAGCAACAGAUUCAAUUGAGAUGGAAAGAACUAAAGACAAGUGUGAUUGUUUGCCUUUAAAAAGUUGUGGCAGUCGUUAGAUUACCAUUGUCAUGUUGUCCUGUAGGUUUCUGUGACAUAUUGUGGGUAUUCUGUAAUUACGUUUGGCACGUUGAUGUUACAGUUCAUUGUUUGCAUUGUGUUUGGUUGCUGUUUUUCAUGUGAUUUUAAUGGGUGAUCUACAGAGAAAAUGAACAGUUCCACUCUUGAAACUCUACCAGUUUAGCAGGUGCUAUUUUAGUACUUGUGUGUUUUUAACUGUGUUCUUUAUUUACUUUUCUUAUCUCUCUGUAGCACGUGGUUUACUAAAUAAAGGCAACAUUUGGUGGGAGCUUUA